UGUUUUACAGGAACGUUCCGAGGUGUGUGUAAGAAGAUCGAUCACUUCCCAGAGGCCACAGAUUAUGAGGCAGACGCUGCAGAAUACCUUCUACGAGCGGUGCGUGCCUCCAGUAUAUUCCCCAUAAUGAGUGUAGGUCUGCUGUUCCUGGGAGGGCUGUGUGUGGCCGCCAGCGAGUUCUACAGGAGCCGACACAACGUCAUCCUCAGCGCAGGCAUCUUCUUCGUUGCCUCAGGUCUCAGUAACAUCAUCGGCAUCAUCGUCUACAUCUCGGCUAACUCUGGCGACCCGGGUCAGAGCGACAGCAAGAAGAGUUACUCGUACGGCUGGUCCUUCUACUUCGGGGCGUUGUCCUUCAUCAUGGCAGAGAUGGUGGGCGUUCUGGCCGUCCACAUGUUUAUAGAGAAACACCGGAAGCAGAGGGCCAAGUCUCGCACCGAACUCAUCAAGAAAUCAGCGUUCAGCCGUAUCCCGUCUUACCGUUACCGCUUCCGCCGUCGCUCCAGCAUCCGUUCCUCCGAGGCGCCCAGCCGGGAUGCUUCUCCCAUGGGGAAGGGGGGUUACAGCGGCCCGGGGACAGCCUCCGACCUCCCCAUGUACACGCUCACCCCCCGCGAAGCCGGAUCUAAGGCCGUCAUGGGGGGAGUGCUCAAUUCAGAGAGGGAGUUUCUACAGGGCGGUACUCUGGCCAAGGACUACGGCAAAGACGCGGCCAAUAGGAGAACCACGCCCGUCUGAGGGAGGCGGGGCCUAGGAGGUGAUUGGAUGGGAGCUGGACGAUGAUAAUGAUGAUGAGAGACAGUGAGGGAGGAAGAGGCGUUAUGAACUUUGACCUCUCUGCAACCUCCAGGGAUAAUUGGCAAAGGGGAAAUUAGACGUUGGUUCCUAACCACUGAUCUAGGAUCAGAUUCCCCUUUUAAAACCCCUAGUGGAGGGGGGGGGCACUACCCCUUAACCUCAUCCCCUAGUGCAGGGGGGGGCACUACCCCUUAACCUCAUCCCCUAGUGCAGGGGGGGGCCUACCCCUUAACCUCAUCCCCUAGUGCAGGGGUGGGCACUACCCCUUAACCUCAUCCCCUAGUGGAGGGGUGGGCACUACCCCUUAACCUCAUCCCCUAGUGGAGGUGGGGGCACUACCCCUUAACCUCAUCCCCUAGUGCAGGGGAGGUGGGCACUAACCCUUAACCUCAUCCUUUAGUGG